CCAAGGCUCCCUACAGUACCUAUACCUAUACCAACACUCCCAAGAUCCUGUGGACUCCCCGCGACUUGAUCUCCUCGAGGCACGUUUUGUCUUGCAUGGUGGACCUCUAUCCUCCCUCCUCCUCCUCCUCCUCCUCUUCGCAUUACCCUUCCGUGGUUAGGGAACGAGAACCUCGCGAUCUUCGCCCGCUUCCUCGACUCCGCAGCUCCACUGUUUUGUGUGUUGCGAUAUCUGACGAAUACCUCUGAGGGCUCAGGACAAGUGCAUUCUCAGCUUUGUAGGAGACCUGGCUGCGAUAGGAUCUUCCGCGGAUCGAUCGACGGAAGCUGCUGGAAAAUACACCGAGUAUAAGACUCCAACUCUUCGACUCAUCCACGCCACCAGAUCUGUAUACUCACCCUAUUCAAAAUGUCUGUCGCAACCAGAACCGUUUUGAUGCCUCCGGUACCCAACCGAGAGGAUCUAGAUGCAACAUGGAAAUACCUAGAGGCCGGUGUUUCAAAGAUCAUGAUCAAUCUACAAGAAGGUAUUGACAUGCAAACUUACAUGGGUGUCUACAGAGCUGUUCAUAACUUCUGCACGUCGCAAAAGGCAGUCAGCAAUAACAACCAGGGUGUCAUCGGAGGCGCACAUCGUGGAGCACACCUUCUGGGCGAGGACCUUUACCAAAACCUAAUCACUUAUCUCAACUCCUAUCUUCGAGGCCUUGUUGAAAUUUCCAAGACUCACUCUGAUGAAGCUCUUCUGAGUUUCUAUAUCCGAGAAUGGGACCGAUACACUACCGCGGCGAAAUACAUCAACCAUCUGUUCCGAUACCUCAACCGACACUGGGUCAAGCGGGAGAUGGAUGAAGGCAAGAAGAAUAUCUACGAUGUUUACACAUUACACCUCGUCCAGUGGCGAACCACUCUCUUUAGCGAAGUUCACGAGAAGGUCAUGGACGCGGUCCUGAAGAUGGUGGAGAAGCAACGGCAUGGCGAGACCAUCGAACAUGGCCAAAUCAAAAGCAUCGUCGAUUCUUUUGUCUCCCUUGGCUUAGACGAGGCUGACCCUACAAAAUCAACGCUCGACGUCUACCGGUACAACUUCGAGCGUCCAUUCCUGGAAGCAACUAAACAGUUCUAUCAAGCGGAGUCGAAACAGUUCGUUGCCGAAAACAGCAUCGUAGAAUACAUGAAGAAGGCCGAAAUACGCCUGGAAGAGGAGGAAGAACGAGUAAAUAUGUAUCUGCAUGCGGAUAUCAUCGUACCUCUGAAGAAGACUUGCAAUACCGCUCUGAUUGCUGACCACUCCGUAAUCCUUCGGGAUGAAUUUCAAGUCCUUUUGGACAAUGACCGUUACGAGGAUAUGCAGCGAAUGUACAACCUACUUUCAAGAAUACCCGACGGUCUUGAUCCACUCCGUGUAAAAUUCGAGGCACAUGUCCGCAAAGCGGGUCUGGCAGCUGUUGCAAAAGUCGCUGUGGAUGCAGACAAGUUGGAGCCGAAGGUCUACGUGGACGCUCUUCUCGAGAUCCAUACACAAUACCAAGGUCUCGUCAAGCAGGCUUUCAAGGACGAGCCUGAAUUCACGCGAUCACUUGACAAUGCGUGCAGAGAGUUUGUCAACCGCAAUCAGAUCUGCAAAUCCGGAUCGAACAAGUCUCCCGAGUUGCUCGCGAAGUAUGCCGAUGCCUUGCUCAAGAAGAGCGCCAAUGGUGCGGAAGAGAGCGACCUCGAAAACAGCCUCGUUCAAAUCAUGACUGUCUUCAAGUACAUUGAGGACAAGGAUGUCUUCCAGAAGUUCUAUUCACGCAUGCUGGCUCGCCGACUGGUCCACACAAGCUCUUCAUCUGACGAUGCAGAGACGAGCAUGAUCAGCAAAUUAAAGGAGGCUUGUGGUUAUGAGUACACCAACAAGUUGCAGCGCAUGUUCCAGGACAUGCAAAUCUCUAAGGAUUUGAACAGUGGGUUCAAGGAGUUUGAGGCCAAACUGGUCGACACAGAUGACAUUAAGCCAAUCGAUGCCAGCUAUGCAAUUUUGGGUACUGGCUUCUGGCCGCUGAACCCACCCAAUACCGACUUUACGCCGCCUGCUGAAAUCUCCAAGGCUUACGGCCGGUUUCAGACCUUCUAUGGUCAGAAGCACAGUGGCAGAAAGCUCACGUGGCUCUGGCAACUAUGCAAGGGGGAAGUCAAGGCGAAUUAUUGCAAGAACCAAAAGACUCCAUACACCUUUCAAGUCUCCACUUAUCAAAUGGCCAUCCUCUUGCUCUUCAAUGAGAACGACAAAAACAGCUACGACGAUAUCGCCAAGGCUACGCAGCUGCAGCCCGAUGUGCUCGAUCCAUGUUUGGCAAUAUUUGUCAAGGCCAAGGUACUCAAUGUGGUUCCAGAAGGUGAUAAGCCUGGACCCGGAAAAGUGUAUCAUCUGAACUAUGACUUCAAGAGCAAAAAAAUCCGGGUCAAUCUCAACAUUCCCGUCAAGUCUGAGCAGAAGCAGGAGGUUGAUGAGACUCACAAGACCAUUGAGGAAGAUCGAAAGUUGUUGAUGCAGUCCGCAAUUGUGCGUAUCAUGAAGGCGCGCAAGAAGAUGAAGCACACACAGCUUGUCAGCGAGACCAUCAACCAGAUUCGAACUCGGUUCGUACCCAAGAUCCCGGACAUCAAGAAGUGCAUAGAUAUCUUGUUGGAGAAGGAGUAUUUGGAGCGCUUAGAAGAUGACGAGCUUGGUUAUCUUGCAUGAACAUUUCCUUUCCGACUUGGGUCUUUACCAUGCUUGCCUGCUGCUAGACGCGAGAAGGCCAGACUGCGUAUGGUGACAUUUCGACUGGCGGGU